GGGCCAGGAGGCGAGAGGCAGAAGCCGGGAGGACGGAGGAGGAGGCAGCAGGAGCCUCGCAGGAGUCCAGCCAGGCCCGGCAUGGCUCUGGCGGUGGGGAGACCCUCGAAUGAUGAUCUUCGAAACCUGUCCCUUUCGGGCCAUGUUGGCUUUGACAGUCUCCCUGAUCAGCUGGUCAACAAGUCAACCUCGCAGGGUUUCUGCUUCAACAUCCUUUGUGUUGGGGAAACGGGCAUUGGAAAAUCGACACUCAUGGACACUCUGUUCAACACAAAGUUUGAAAGUGACCCAGCCACUCACAACGAGCCUGGUGUGAGGUUGAAAGCAAGAAGUUAUGAACUUCAGGAGAGCAAUGUCCGUCUGAAGCUGACCAUUGUAGACACAGUGGGAUUUGGAGAUCAGAUCAAUAAAGAUGACAGCUACAAGCCCAUUGUGGAGUACAUUGAUGCCCAGUUUGAGGCCUACCUUCAGGAGGAAUUGAAGAUUAAGCGCUCCCUGUUUAAUUAUCAUGACACCAGGAUCCAUGCGUGCUUGUAUUUCAUUGCACCUACAGGGCACUCACUGAAAUCUCUUGAUCUGGUCACCAUGAAGAAGCUCGACAGCAAGGUGAACAUUAUACCCAUAAUAGCCAAAGCUGAUACCAUUGCGAAAAACGAGCUGCAUAAAUUCAAGAGCAAAAUCAUGAGUGAGCUGGUCAGCAAUGGCGUGCAGAUCUAUCAGUUCCCAACGGAUGAAGAGACAGUGGCAGAAAUCAAUGCUACUAUGAGUGUCCAUCUCCCAUUUGCUGUUGUUGGUAGUACUGAAGAAGUGAAGAUCGGCAAUAAGAUGGCCAAAGCCAGGCAAUAUCCAUGGGGUGUUGUUCAGGUUGAAAAUGAAAACCACUGUGACUUUGUAAAGUUGCGUGAGAUGCUGAUAAGAGUGAACAUGGAGGAUCUAAGGGAGCAAACUCACAGUCGACAUUAUGAGCUCUAUCGACGCUGCAAGCUUGAAGAGAUGGGAUUCAAAGACACGGACCCAGACAGCAAACCAUUCAGUCUUCAAGAGACCUAUGAAGCCAAGAGGAACGAAUUCCUGGGUGAGCUCCAGAAGAAAGAGGAAGAAAUGAGGCAAAUGUUUGUCAUGCGGGUGAAGGAGAAGGAAGCUGAGCUCAAAGAAGCAGAAAAAGAUCUUCAUGAAAAGUUUGACCACCUAAAGAGAACUCACCAAGAAGAAAAGAAGAAGGUAGAGGACAAGAAAAAGGAACUUGAGGAGGAAUUGAACAACUUCCAGAAGAAGAAAGCAGCAGCUCAGCUAUUACAGUCACAAGGCCAACAGGCAGGCUCUCAACAAACCAAGAAAGACAAGGACAAGAAAAAUAAUCCUUGGCUCUGCACGGAAUAAUGUCUCUCUUCAAAGCUUUUGGAUGUGCUUUCACCCUUGCAUCUUCUUCUUUAUGUAGGUGUCAGUCACCUUGCCAAGUUCCACUUUCCUCUCUCCUAAUGGACAUUAGAAGAGCCGGCAGGUCAUGCCACACACCCCAUUGGGAGACGAGUUACCUCAUUCUUCCACCACCUCCGCCUUUCUGUCUUUUGAAAACUGUGACUCACUGCAGUGUAUGUGUGUGUGUGCAUGCGUGCACACGUGUGUGAGUCCACACACACGUAAGUGUGUGUGCAUGUAUGUGCACCUGUUUGUAUCUUUCUUUUUUCCGAGUGUCAGUCCACUCACUGCUGGCAAACGAUUUGACUUCGCAUGCUGCUCAGAUGAAUAGAGACAAGGAGGCAGAGAGAACUUGGAUGACACCCGAAAUAUUGCACUGGGGAUUUUCUUCUUCCUUUCCUUUUGAUAAAGCAGAUGUGUAUGUGCCAGUCAGAACCAGGAUAGGAUGUAUGAGCGUGUGUGUGUAUAUGUGUGCAUGUAAGUGAGAGAGAGGUGUAUGCAAAACCCAGAGUUGGUUGUUCAAGUGUCAAAAUCCUACACAGAUCUAAUCUAGCACUGAAUCUAAUUCUCUCCAAGAAAUGCUGUAACCUGGUUACUCUAAAAGCCAUAUGAACUCCCACAAGGGUUCCCAGUAUUUGUUUUCAUAAAACUCCAUAGAUUGAGGGAAGGGGGAGAAACCUGCCCACAUGUAAGUGAAACUUGAGGAUGAAGCUACCUGCUUCAGCUAAUAUAACCUGCUUUGAAACGGGUUUCUUAGGCUGGCUUCUGCCACCUAGAAAUUAGGUGCCAUCACUUUGGAAAAGUAUUGAGACUGCAAUUGGUUUCCGGGCUGACAGAUAGCAAUUCCACUCAUUAUGCAGCAGCAAAUAUGUUUACCGCUGUAUUGUACAUACCCUUGUCAGGGAGCUGUACCUCCUCCUGGCUCUUGUAUGAUGUCUGUAUUUGUCUCGUGCACACACAUUUUGGAGUUUUAAUGGAUAUACAUGAAAUAUAAUGGAUCAGAGUGGCCAGCAAAUAAUGCCCAGAGUUUCUUCCAGGAUAUGGGGUUGCUGUUUGACAAAAUUCCUUUGUUUUCAGAUGGGAUAACAUAUACUUACUAUGAGAGAAUCUCCAGAAUCAUCUUCAGCUCCUUGUGAGAGCUUGGAAAGGUUUUUGUUUGGAUAACAAUUCCCAAAUUUGUCCAGCCAGCAUGGGAAAGGCAAUGGAUGAGUCUGAAUUGUCACAAAAUCCUGUGGCUUCUUGUUCCUAGGGUCUGAUGAUCCUUUGGACCUCACAUGUUGCUCAACAUGUCUUCAUUGAUUAAAAGAUUUCUAGGCCUAUCAUUUAGGAUAAAGCCCUUUCAAAGCAGCUUACAUUUAAAACAGAUAUCAUAUUUAAAAAGUUAAACAUUGAAGCAGUUCAGUGAAACCCUGGGCACUGUCCUGAGACCAAGCCAUGACAAAGGCAAGACCUGUGUGCAUAUUUCAUGAUUCUGUGCAAAAAAACAGAAAGAGCACUGGCUUUUGAGUCCAGUGCCUUAAGAUGCAAGCUUUAAUUUCCUUUGCUGUUUCAUUCAGUUGAGACUAGGCCAGGCUUAAAGAUAUACACACAGGCUGAUAUCUUGUCAAGGAAUUACAAUGUUAUGAUUCAAAAUCAUCAUGUUAGUCUGGAAAAUCAGUAUGUAAAGCGAUCUUGUAGUACCCAAAGAAGGAAGCUGGCAGCAUCUCAUGCAGUUGAGGAAGUAGACUCAAGUCUAUGAAAGCUCAUGCUACCAGCUUCUUUCUUUCAGUUAAUAUCAAAGGUGCUACAAGAUCCCUUUGCAUACAGUGUCAUGAGUUUGCCAUAUACCAUUGCAAUUCACUUUAAGGUCACGCAUAGCAACCAAAAGUCCACCCCAAUACCUUUUCAGCAAUGCAGUCCCCCAACAUCCAUUUACAUGUUGCCAGAGAAUGGGGGUACAGUUGAGGACAUAUCUAGCUGUUUUCCUGUACCUGGAUGCAUUACAACAGACAUCUGCAGUCCUGGGGGUAGGAUUGGGAGAUACAGUGUACAGAGAUGUAACCACAUCUCCCAAUACAGGCCCUUAGACACACUUUCAGGUUAAAUCUUGAGGGACAGCAAGAUGGCGAAGUAAAAUCUUCCCUUGUAUAUAGGUAUUAUUUGCUUUCCUGUGGCUAGCAGAGAUUAAAUAAACUAAGCAAAAGGGCGUAAUCUCUAAAGAUUAGAGAUCUCCUGGUCAUUGGACAUGGAUGCUCUGGUUGAUGGAAGCUGAAGUCCAAAACUGCGGGGGUGGCAUCAGGUUGGGGGAAACUACCAUUUUGUAAGUAUUUCCUCUCUCUUUUACAAGUAGGUGUUCAUAUGCAAAUGUGUGCAGAUAUAAUUGAUUAACUGUAUGGGUUUUUAUUGUUGAUCAACAGAUUUCUUUAAUCAAGUGAUGACCCCGUAAUUAAAAUCAAUGAAACAAAGUGCCUCAGUACUGUCCUUAACAAAGCAAUCCUGCAUUAUGUCUACUCAAAAGUAAGCACCAUUGGGUUCCAUGGAUCUUCCUCACAGGUUAGUUGCUAUAGGAUUGCAGCCUAGAUUCAGCAAAUUGCAAGGGGAGUUGGCUAGGCCAUGUUGGAUUAUGCUCCAUUGUUCUCGUCCUGACAACACAUAAUCAAGCUUCAAACCUCUGCCUCUUGAGUGUCCAUUUAAUGUUAGAAACUGUCUCGAAUGAUGUUUUAUUGAAACCAGUAUAGGACUUCUAAAGAUAAAAGCAGCCAUGUAACCUAAGUAAUAGAGCCAGUGUGGUGCAUUAGUUGGGCU